UCUAGGCUACCCACGGAGAACGAUAGUUUCUCUCCUACUACGCCUAGGGGAAAGUCCCCGGACCCGACGGGCAGCGAGUGCCCAGCCCUAAGGGGCGAGUAGCUGUGCAGACAAGUUAAUGCCCGCUCGCACUCGGCGCUAAGACGUCCCCGGACUGAGCGCGCGAGAACGCACCAGCACUUGUCAGAGCCAAUAGUUACGCAGGUAAUGUACCGAGCAUGCGUACAUGAACAGGACGGGGCUCAUUCUCAGGAUGCUUCAUACUUUUUGGGAGCACCGACCAAACGCCGCGGCCGCUCGUUUCAAACCAAGAAAUCUUCUCGCACCAAUGAUCUGGAAACUCGCUGCCUGGGAAGGAAACCGCAACGGAAUGUAGGCCUCGCCAGUGCGCAGGCGCCAAGUGGAUGGAGUCACGUGGUCUGGGGGCUGGCCGGGCGAGUGCGCAAGCGUGGAGCCGGUUGGUCGGUUUGGCUGGGAGGGAGGCCGCCGCCGCUCUCCUGCCCGCACUAUGCUCGCCCAGUGCCACAGGCCGCGGGUGUCCGGCUACGUGGAGGAUUACCUGGAAAGUGUGGAGACGCUGCCGCUCGAACUGCAGCGCAGCGUAUCCCGACUGAGGGAGAUCGACACUCGGUACCGCGAAGUUUUAAAGGAGCUCGAUGAUGCUUAUGAAAAAUAUAAGCAAGAAAUGGACAUUGCUCAAAGGAAACGGCUGCUGCAUCAUCUCCAGAGAGCAUUAAUUAACAGCCAAGAGUUGGGGGAUGAGAAAAUUCAGAUUGUGACACAAAUGAGUGAGCAAGUAGAGAAUUGUGCGAGACAGAUGGAUAGUCACUCGGAUUGCUUUGAGGACCCAAACGAACAUGACAAGUCUAUAGAGAAGGUCAAAACAGAGAUAAGUCAAACAGAAAGGCCUUCCAGAAGACCACGUAGACAGAAAAAUAGUGAAAACCGUGAAUUGUGUCACAUUGGUAAUGAAAUUGAAGAGGGAGAGGAGCAGCCCAAAGAGAAGAAAUCAAAAUCUGCAAAAAAGAAACGCUCUAAAACUAGACCAGAAAGGGAAGUCUCCCCUAUUGACUUUCCGAUUGAUCCCAAUGAACCCACCUACUGCCUCUGCAACCAGGUGUCUUACGGUGAAAUGAUAGGAUGCGAUAAUGAAGAAUGCCCAAUUGAAUGGUUUCAUUUUUCUUGUGUAGGAUUAACAUAUAAACCCAAAGGCAAAUGGUACUGUCCAAAAUGCAGAGGUGAUACUGAAAAGACAAUGGACAAAUGCAUAGAGAAAUCAAAAAAAGAUAGGAGGUCAAGAUAGUGCUUGCCUCAAAUUUUAAGAUUUUCAUAUCUCUAUCAUGUAUAAGCAUAUUGGCUUAAAUUGUAUUUGAAGCUAUGCAAUUUUUACUGUAGUAUUAAACAUUGCUGAAUUUUCACUAAUGCAUUUUGACUCAUGCACAUUUGUGAACAAAUGCUUUUAAAUGAGCAAAAAUGUGGUUCAAUUUGGAUCUUUUUGGGCCAGUGGUUUAAUGUAUAGAAGGGCUCUAACAGUUAACCUGGAUGAUACUAUUUUUGCAUUAGAACGUAGAACAUUGUGGGUAGUGGUAGACAAUAUCGUAAGCUAAUUGUAAACACAUAGUAAAAUGGGUGUAGAAGAUGGAUGAUAAUAGUUUGUAACUGUAGUACAGCUUGUAGUCCUUUAACUUGGUCUUAGCGCAAAUAUAGAUGUGCUCCUUAUGGUACAGUAUUAGAAUAUCUUACAGAUUUUAAAGCCAUAAUAUUUUAAUAUUAAUAAGUUAAUAUUUUGUACUGAAGUAAGACACCUGGGGAGUAAGCAUCAGUUUUUGGCACAGGUCUAUUAACAGUCUGCUUGCAGCAGAGAGAUCUCUGUAUCCUGACCAACAUUAAUACCUCACUACCACCAUCACAAAGUAGAUUUCUCUCAAUUGACCUUUCAAUGUAUGUUUAAGUUCUGUUCAAAAAUAUGAUCCAUCUAGAGUGAAUCCUUUACGAUGUUGCGGGAACAUGAAGGAUAUUCUGUCAGUGUAAAUACUUUUGAAUAACAUUGCUUUUUAAAACUUUAAAAUGUAUUCUACGUAGAACUGGUUCCAAAUUUUGGUGCUGUAUUUGCGUCUUUAAAUUAGCCUUCAAGUAAUGUCAUUUGACAAGCUGAACAUCCUUCAAGAUGUGAAUCUGGACAGGUUAUGGGGAAUGAGUCAGGAACUUCUAGUCUUUUGCUUCAUCUAAGUGGGAAAUUUGCCAGUGAAGGCUUACACCAAGAACAUGGGAAAAGAUUCCAAGGCACUUCACGGAAGCACAGUAAGUAUAUGAAUGCUGUGCUUAAACUAGCACUAAGAAUAAAGACAAAAUUUAGAUUGAUAAUUCCAAAAUGGAUGGUCUGUUUAGAUCCCAAAAGUUGGCUCACUUGUCAUGGGACAAGGAACAGAUUAGAAGGUAGAACACAGAGCGAAACCAUGAAAGGUUCAUAAACACCACUCUGCGAAUCUGAACAUUGUAAAGCUUUGAAUUAGUAUAGAUCACAUUCUAUCUGGUCUUCCCACAUUCUCAAAAUUCCACUUAAAGUAUUAUGUUGUAAUUCCUGAAAAUAAUACACAUGACUGAAACAUUUCAGUGUAAAAACACAACAGACCUAAGUAAAUUUUAUUUAUGAAAAUAUCAUUUCCCCCAAUAAUUUAAGUUUGAAAAUUUCAAUGAUAAAUUCUCAGCAGCGAUUAUAGAGAGAAAGUACAAUAAAGUAUGAAAUAAGAAGUGAAUAUCACCACAGGCCACCAAGACUCAGCAAACCUUGAGACUAAAUAGGUUCUUCACAGCUAAUACAAAAUGCAAAAGGCACGUGAAGCCUUUGAGCAUUGCUGUGUUAUAAGAGGGCAAUGCUGAUGUUUCAAUUCUGUCUUAGACUGUCAAGUAGCCAAUCUUGGAUAGGCUACUCUUGUGAUCUGAGCAAGGAGUCUCCCCAGUAGGUAAAUAAGGGAGAGGCCUAUAGUUGCCUCUCAGUGCACCUUUUGGAGUAGUCAGCAAAUUGUAGCAUGUAUUGAUUGUGACAUCCUUGCCCCUACUCAACAGUCCAUCAAGUUGCAGAUAUUCAGUAGUGCAGGAAAGAAAGAAGCACACAUCAUGUCCACAUAAAAGUAAUUACUGUUGUAAAUAAUCCAAAGGAAAUUGUGUGCCAUGUUAAGUAACUUGUAAACAGAUGUGAAAUUUUGCAGUGAGUGACAUGAGCGUUGAUCAUGUCACUCACUGCAAAGCAUGAAUUUGCGUACAAAAAAGGAUGCAAACCACUUGGUCUGCAAAACUUAAGCAUUUAGAAUGCAGUUUUCAGAUUAAAUUUUCCAGAAAUUAAACUUUCUGAACAGCUAGAAUAUAUUACAAUGUCUCCUUAAACAAGUUUUUUUGUGAAUUCUGACUUCAGUAGGUUUUUUGUUUUUAUACUAUAUGAUAACUAUACAAGUCAAACAAUGGUUUUAUUAAACUAUAAAAUAUGAAGAUGAGGAAAUGGAAAAUGGUUAUCUUUGCAAGUUGGGGCAUUGUGUAAUAAAAUAGUCAAUGUUGCUCCAUUG